CUCCGCCGCCGGCGCCGGCGCCGGCGCCUCCGCCACCGCCGCCGCCGCCAGGGCUCCCGCCGCGAGCGCUGGGCCACUCGGCCGGUCCGGCAUGAGACCGUGAGGCGAGCGCCGGGCCCGGGCUGCCGACAUGUUUGGCCGCUCGCGGAGCUGGGUGGGCGGGGGCCACGGCAAGUCCUCCCGCAACAUCCACUCCUUGGACCACCUCAAGUACCUGUACCACGUGUUGACCAAAAACACCACCGUCACAGAGCAGAACCGGAACCUGCUGGUGGAGACCAUCCGAUCCAUCACCGAGAUCCUGAUCUGGGGAGACCAGAAUGACAGCUCAGUAUUCGACUUCUUCCUGGAGAAGAACAUGUUCGUUUUCUUCCUCAACAUCCUGAGGCAGAAGUCAGGCCGCUAUGUGUGUGUGCAGCUGCUGCAGACCUUGAACAUCCUGUUCGAGAACAUCAGUCACGAGACCUCACUGUAUUAUUUGCUGUCUAAUAACUAUGUAAAUUCAAUAAUUGUCCAUAAAUUUGACUUUUCCGACGAGGAGAUUAUGGCAUAUUAUAUAUCGUUCCUGAAAACACUGUCACUGAAGCUCAACAACCACACUGUCCACUUCUUUUACAACGAGCACACCAAUGACUUCGCCCUGUACACAGAGGCCAUCAAAUUUUUCAAUCACCCAGAAAGCAUGGUUCGAAUUGCUGUAAGAACCAUAACUUUGAAUGUCUAUAAAGUGGAUAACCAGGCCAUGCUACACUACAUCAGAGAUAAAACUGCCGUUCCUUACUUCUCCAACCUGGUCUGGUUCAUCGGGAGCCACGUGAUCGAACUUGACAACUGUGUGCAGACCGAUGAGGAGCACCGCAAUCGGGGGAAACUGAGCGAUCUGGUAGCUGAGCAUCUGGACCACCUGCACUAUCUCAAUGACAUCCUGAUCAUCAACUGCGAGUUCCUCAACGACGUGCUCACCGACCACCUGCUCAACCGGCUCUUCCUGCCGCUCUACGUGUACUCCCUGGAGAACCCCGACAAGGGAGGAGAACGCCCCAAAAUCAGCCUGCCGGUGUCCCUCUAUCUUCUGUCACAGGUCUUCCUCAUUAUACACCAUGCCCCGCUGGUGAACUCGCUCGCUGAAGUCAUUCUGAACGGUGAUCUGUCUGAGACAUAUGCUAAGCCUGCACAGGACAUUCAGAGGAGUUCUACCAAGCCCAGCAUCCGGUGCUUCAUUAAACCCACCGAGACGCUUGAGCGGUCCCUUGAGAUGAACAAGCACAAGGGCAAGAGGCGGGUGCAAAAAAGACCCAACUACAAAAAUGUUGGGGAGGAAGAAGAUGAGGAGAAAGGGCCCCCCGAGGAUGGCCAGGAAGACUCCGAGAAGGCUAAAGGUACAGAGGGUGGUUCAAAAGGCAUGAAGACGAGUGGGGAGCGCGAAGAGAUCGAGAUGGUGAUCAUGGAGCGGAGCAAGCUCUCAGAGCUGGCUGCCAGCACCUCGAUGCAGGAGCAGAACACCACGGAUGAGGAGAAGAGCGCAGCCGCCACCUGCUCUGAGAACGUGCAGUGGAACAGACCCUUCCUGGAUAUGGUGUACCAUGCCCUGGACAGCCCUGAUGAUGACUACCAUGCCCUCUUCGUGCUCUGCCUCCUCUAUGCCAUGUCUCAUAACAAAGGCAUGGAUCCUGAAAAACUUGAGCGAAUCCAGCUGCCAGUACCAAAUGCUGCGGAGAAGACCACCUACAACCAUCUCCUGGCCGAGAGGCUCAUCAGGAUCAUGAAUAAUGCUGCCCAGCAAGAUGGGAAGAUCCGGCUGGCCACACUGGAGCUGAGUUGCCUGCUCCUGAAGCAGCAGGUGCUGACCAGCUGUGGCUGCAUCAUCAAGGAUGUGCACCUGGCCUGCCUAGAGGGUGCAAGAGAAGAGAGUGUCCACCUUGUACGGCAUUUCUACAAGGGAGAAGAGAUAUUUUUGGACAUGUUCGAAGACGAAUACAGGAGCAUGACAAUGAAGCCCAUGAAUGUGGAAUAUCUCAUGAUGGACGCCUCCAUCCUGCUGCCUCCAACGGGCACCCCACUGACAGGCAUUGAUUUUGUGAAGCGGCUGCCAUGUGGCGACGUGGAAAAGACUCGGCGGGCCAUCCGGGUAUUCUUCAUGCUGCGCUCACUGUCGCUGCAGCUGCGAGGGGAGCCCGAGACACAGCUGCCCCUGACUCGGGAAGAGGACCUGAUCAAGACCGACGAUGUGCUGGACCUGAAUAACAGCGACUUGAUUGCUUGCACGGUGAUCACUAAGGACGGCGGCAUGGUCCAACGGUUCCUAGCCGUAGAUAUUUACCAGAUGAGUUUGGUGGAGCCUGAUGUGUCCCGGCUUGGCUGGGGAGUGGUCAAGUUUGCAGGCCUUCUGCAGGACAUGGAGGUGACUGGGGUGGAGGAUGACAGUCGUGCCCUGAACAUCACCAUCCACAAGCCUGCAUCCAGCCCCCACUCCAAGCCCUUCCCUAUCCUCCAGGCCACGUUCAUCUUCUCAGACCACAUCCGCUGCAUCAUCGCCAGGCAGCGACUGGCCAAGGGCCGCAUCCAGGCACGGCGCAUGAAGAUGCAGAGGAUAGCUGCCCUGCUGGACCUCCCCAUCCAGCCAACUACCGAAGUCCUGGGAUUUGGGCUUGGCUCCUCCUCAUCCACCCAGCACCUGCCUUUCCGCUUCUACAACCAGGGCCGGCGUGGCAGCAGUGACCCCACAGUGCAGCGCUCCGUGUUCGCCUCUGUGGACAAGGUGCCAGGCUUCGCCGUGGCCCAGUGCAUAAACCAGCGCAGCGCACCAUCCCUGUCAUCGCCAUCCCCGCCGACGGCCAGCGGGAGCCCCAGCGGCAGCCACUGCGACUCAGGGGGCUCGUCCUCUGCACCCUCGGCAGCCCAGAGCCCAGCAGACGCCCCCAUGACUCCGGAGCAGACUCAGACUCCCCUGUCCGACAAGUUGGUGAUGGGCAACGACACGGAAGUAGACCCCAGGCCCAGCAAGACCUUGUCUCGGGGUGCUGAGGUGGAGACCGCACACCUGUCCCCCAGCCUGCUUCCCGCCCCGCAGCCCACCAUCUCCCUGCUCUACGAGGACACUGCCGACACCCUGAGCGUGGAGUCCCUGACGCUGGUCCCUCCGGUGGACCCCCACAGCCUCCGUGCUCUGACCGGCGUCGCCCAGCCCUCCACGCCAGCCCCGGCAUGCCCGGCCACGGGGGACCAGGAGGCCACGGGGGCAGAGACGGAAGGUCCCCCCGCCAUGCACUGAGUGGCCCGCCCCCUGCCUUGUGUGUGGCCAGCUGGCAGGAACCCCAGUAGAUGGCAAGACACAUGGGACCGCCCACGUCUCCCUGGAGCCCUCUUUUGCUCUGUACCUCAUUGAAGCAGGCCGGGCCCGUGCGGACGGCCCAGUGCGUGCUGCUGACAGUUGGGGGGCUGCCUUGUCCCUGAGCCCGACACCCCAGGUGGCAGGACCCACCAGGGCUCUCCGCCCCGCUCCCCCCCUCCCCCUAGCGGGCACGGAAGACCCAGACAGUAUCACCUUCCAUUCGAAAUGAGGAGAAAGCAAACUCAGACAUCUCCUUGGGCUGUUUAUUUCUGCUUCCAGCAGUAGGUGAAACAAUUUAUUUAAGAAGCAUCUGUUUGAAGCAAAGAAGUCCAAACACAAAAACAAAAAAGAAAGAAAGGACACCCUCAGCCUCAGGACGGCGCAGGCCCCUCCUGGCCCGCUCUCCUUCCCCGGCUCUCCUUCCCGCCCUCAGUGUCUGACAUUGAGAGUUUUGGUGUCUCUCCCUUUUCACCAAGGCUUCUUAUUUCUCUGCACUAACUCUCAGGAGCCUGUGAGAUGGUAAAGCUUAGCUUAUUGUCAAACAGAAGCAAGAGAGAGCCACGUGCUUUCCGGUGGCAUGGAGCGAGGGUUCUGGAAGCUUCUCUGCAGUUGGCUGAAUUCCCUGAGGGCCAUCUCUCCAGGAGAAGGGAGGUCUCAGCAGCUCCCGCUCAAAACAGCAGCCUCCCCUCCCAGUGCCGUCUCCCUCUGGGCUGUGAAGACCGCCCAAGCCCAUACCUGUGACUGGAGCUAACAUCGGGGGAGCUACCCGCGGCCAUGAUUGCUGCCCACUGCGUGUGGAUGCCCGGUGAGGACCCCCGCGGCAAGACCGGCCUCCCCAAACCAUCUACAACUCUCCUUCCAUCGCGACUGCCACUGCCACAGGACGAGCUUGUGGCAAACAAAAAGAAACCCUCCCAUACGCCACCCCACACACCCAGCUGGGCCCAGGCAGCCAGGAUUCCCGUGUCCAGUUCAGCUCCAACGCCUUCCUCCCUGGCUUAGCUGCAGGCGUGGCUGCCGCAGCCUGUGAGAAGAUCGCCAUCCAACCAGCUUCCCCGCAUGGGCCGAGGCCCCGCCUCCACAUCCCACCAGGACUGAGACCCUGCUGAUAAGGAAGGCAGAAUCCAGAUGCGCCUCGACCACGAGCAGUGAUGAGCCCCGGCCGCGAGCAUCGCCCCUGGGGAGGAGAGACCGCCAGGAGUGGGAGACGAGAAAGAUGGCCAUCCAGAGGGGAGCCCCGGCCACGGCUCCGGCACCCCCGCAACCGCGUGUGUGGCUUGAUCUUCUAAAGGAAAGGGAUGACACGGGAGCAGGCUGACCCCACAGGAGCAGGCUAGCCCGGGGCACUUGUGGUUUCGAAAUGCCCGUCUCUGCAACAGCCGAAAUGAGAACAGACGUGCCAGCGCCCCCGUGCUGCCUCGCUGCGCACGCAGGUGGCACCCUGCCUGCGAAGCCCCUACCUGUUCCCAGUCCAGCAUCUGCAGCCGGCCUGGUGGCCACCGGCAUGGGAGGAGCAGUCGUGGGCGGUGCCAGGCCCUCCCCCGGCUAGGUCUGUGAGGUCUUUCCCCCGGGACUGGCAGCGUGCCCCCCCCCAGGCACCUCCAGGGCCCCUGGGCUCCAAGGGGCUUCACUGGCGAGGAGGGAUGCGUGCCCUCAUCUCGGCACUCAGGAGGCCGCCAGCCUCGGGGACUGGAGAAGGACCUCCUUACCCAGGUCUUAGCCCUCUUGGGGCAGUGGGCAUGGCUGUGUCUUCAGGAGCACCCCAUAAUCUUAACAGCUGGGUCCCACCAGGCAGGCCCAUCCACAGAAUGCACUGGGUCUGGUCCCAAUGGUGGGAGGUGAAGCCAGGGGCGUGGAUGCACACACACACACACACACACACACACUCACCCCAGGCCACCACAGCUUCCAAGCUGGAGGUCCUGGGCAGCCCCGCCCGGGCGUUUGGCAGAGAGCUCCAUGGCUGCGCUUCCAGGGCUGCCGACGGGCUCACUGGGCUGGCUUUGUGGGGCUGGUCACAGGAACCCCACACCGCGGCUUUAGGCCUGGUCAUGGGCCGUGCAGGGCCUCCCUUCCGGAGGCAUGGGCAGGGCACUGCCUCUGGGGGGACCUGGGCGCAGAGUGCCCCCCAGAUGGACAGAGACAGCAGUGGAGCCUGAGAGCUAGGGGAGGAUCCGGGAGCAGCACCCCACUGCCACGCAGCCCCCCUGCCCACCCCAUCCCGGGCACGGGCAUGAGGCGUUGGGUUUCCCGGUGGUCUGAGACGCACUGUUUUGAGUAAGGUGCCCAGGAUCCGGUUCUGGUCUUUUCCUAGAUGCAAUAAAUACGAACCAUUGAAUACAGUCACAAUGCAGUUGACGGCAGGCCUACACUGUAAGGUUCCUCCUUCCGAACUUGAUUCUGCAAACGUGUCAAUAAACCCUGAUCUCAGAGAGGAGCGGGGCUUCGGCCCCCGAGCCUCCCUCCGGAGGCCCAUGUGACUCAGGCUCUUUCCGAACACGAGGUGGAACUCCCUUGUAAAUUCACACCUGGCAAUAAAAGGACAAAGUUACCAGCA